GCACCAGCCCGUGGCCUCAUCGCCCCACGACAGGCUGGGGCCACCCCGAGCCGCGGGCCGGACGCCCAUCGGGUCCCCUUCCUUCAGGGCUGACCCUGCGGAUCCCGCCCUGGCCCAAGGGCGGGGCACAGGAGCUACACGGUGGAGACCACGUUGGGGGCAGUCAGUCCCCCUGCAAAUGUGUGCUGUCAGCUACCUGGGGGCGCUGGCCGGGGACCGCCUGCCACCCCACGGACAAAGUCAAGGGCUCAGUCAAGGCCUGGCGGCGGUGCCACCCUUGCCAGGGCACUUGGACGUUUACCCAUGGAAGGUCCCUGCAGCCCGCGGGCAGCAGAGCAGACAGGUGUCCUGUCCUCAUCAACCCUGUUGACUGGCGGGGAGGCCAGGGCUCACAGGAGCGUAGGCCUGGCCCCAGAUACUGCCACCAGGGGAUGGGGGGCUCCAGUCAUCCAGGCGGAUCCCCUUCCCCAAGAGCAGGGGUGUGGACAGUGAGUCUCUGUGUCCCAGGAACGGAACCAGACAGUGCAGGGCAGGCCCGGCAGAAUGUCAGUAAGUUAGGGAAGCGCAGCGGGAAGAGGACGGCCUGGGCCCCUGGGCGCUGGCACCCCGGCCCGGAGCUGGGGUAGGCAGGCACGUGAUGGCAGGUGCGGGCACAGGACCGGCCCAGGUGCAGCAGCAGAGGCGCGGGCACAACCUGUGUCCACCAGCCUGCACGCGUGCCGGUCCCGUCCACGCCCUCCUAGGCACAAGCUCCGUGGCCGCUGCGUCCACACUGUCACCGGGCCUUGCGGGACGUAACCCGUGUGGGCUGAGGGACUUUCAGAGGCAGGGUCGUCCCUUCCUGGCCAAGGCUGAUGCUCCCCCGGGUACUCGAGACCGCGUGUGAUCUCUGCGUCAUCUCUUCAGUGCCCUUCGUUUCUUUCUUACCAGCUUGUUUCCCACCCAAAACGAAACCCCAAGUCUUCCCUCGUCAAACAAGCCCAAGCCCAGGCCCCGUGCUUCCCGAAACGCCUCCUUUUCUAGCUGCUUUCCUGCUUCUUCCCUUUAUUUCCCAGCUGGUCCUCCUCCAACCUGGCCCCGGUGAGGCCUGCAGGGGCCGCCCACCUAGCCCGCGUCGGCGGCGGGGAGCCUUUAACCGGAAACCUCUAGGAAAACGUGCGGCCCUCAGUGUUGCGCAGGGGCCGGGCGGGAGGGCGGCCUGGGGAGGACUGGCAGGGCUGGCGCCGCCUGGGGGGCCGAGGCCGUGGACCUGGGCGGGGUGGGAAGGGGCUGCGUGGGAUUGGGGAGCGGCUGAGGCUGGCCGGGGCUCCCGGGACCUCGUCCUCUCCGGGCACCCAGGAGCCUCCUCCCGGGCCCCAGUGAGGGGCAGAGGCUUUCCUGGAAAAGGGGAGGCACCGUAAUUAAUCUGUGAUCAGAGGAGACAACUGCCAACUUUGCCAGGAGCGGGCUCUCCCCGCCUGGAAUACGACGCUGAUGCUGCCGGCGGCCAACGCUGCAAAUGAGUCCGCCCCGUUGUACAGAGGCUGGAAGAGAAUUCUCCCCGUUUCACGCAGCCCACGGAGCAGGGCCCGGAGCAGGGCCCGGGCUCUCCCAGGCCUUCCUGCCUUCCCAGGACAGGGCCCUGGAGCCUCCGUUGCAGCGGCUCCUGCCCCACCCAGGUGUCCGGCUCAGGGGUUCUGGGCCACUGUGAGGCAGGGGAGCUCCGUUCCUCUCCCCUGCUUGCCUCCAUGCUUCCUUCAGGAGAGGGUGCACCCUCCAGCCCUCCUCCUCCGAGCAGUCCUCUGGCACCUCCUGCAGAUGGGUGGGAACCGCCGCCCGCGCAGGGACACAGGGCCUCGGCGGAGUGACCAGCUCUGCAGGGACCAGAGCGCGCGUGCUGGGAAAUACCCGUCCCCCUUCUGGGAUCAUGCAGACCCGGGUCGUCCCGCGAGGCAAGGUACCGUGUGGGAGCCCCGCAGGCCAGCCCCGGGGUCCCCGCCCGGUGCGGCCGGCACAGGCAGCGAUGCUCGGAGCCCCGGCGCCCAGCGGCCGGCCUCCCCAGGGACCGCGCCGCCCUUCCCGCAGGAAGGCGCCCCCCAGGGCUCCGCCAGGCCCCUCUCCUCUAGGGGCUCUGCUUUCCACCGCGCAGGGCGAAGGUGGGGCAAACAGAAGCACGUACUUGGUAGUUCUUAGAUGGUCUACCGAGAUAAUCGAAGUGACGCUUCGGAAUAGCCACUGGCAUCUGGGGCUUGUGAAACCUCAACGGUUGUUGGCCACCUUGUGAGUGCCCGGUCCCAGGGUCACCUUCUCCAUGCGACCCUGCCUGCCUUCCUCUCCGUUACGGUUAACCAUUCCUCUCUGGGUAGUGGGGAUGGGCCCCAGUACUUCUCUCAUGGCACCACCCGCAUCUGUUGCCUGAUUUCUGACCCCUGACUAGACUAGCUUCCAGCCCUGGCCUUGCAUGUCAAGCAGUUUAGUAUUUGGGGAACAGAAUAAACACCUAGUAGCCAGAAACUGGCCUUGAGUUUGUUGUCUACUCGUUGGCCACGGGUCUGCCCGGCUGGGGGGAGUAGCGCGUCCCUCACUGGACAACCCUUUCUUCUUCCAAAGUGGUGUCCGGUUUUCCCUGAGUCUUCUCAGCCCCUUAAGCUUCUUCCCGCAUGGCACAGCUCUGGUCCUCCGGUUCUUGUUCUCCUCUUGCAGAUGGGCGCGCCGUCUGUCGGGGAGCCUCCCGUUUCCCACCUGAGCACCAUGAUGGGACGGAGCACUCUAGGAUCGCCGACAGACACGGGGGACCGAACCGAUCUUACGCAAUCUGUGUCCGCCACCCCAGCCAGGACUACGCUGGAGUUGACUGAGGACACGUUACCGGCUCCUGACAUCAUGAGCACUUACUACGCGCACACAGAAUUGUGACAGGAGCAGGCUACUCUGUAACCCUGAACUUUCCUGUACUCAUCAAUCCGAGUUCUCAAACAACCUUACCUUUAACUUCUGCCUAUAGACGUGUCUGUCUGAAUCCUAACUUGUCAUCACUCCGAGAGGUUCCCCUUAUCUAAAAAUCUGACUGGCAGGGGCACCUGGAUGGCUCAGCUGCAUAAGCAUCUGGUUUUUGAUUUCUGCUCAGGUCAUGAUCUCAAGGUGGAGACAUGGAGCCCCACGGAGCCUGCUUGGGAUUCUCUCCCAUCUAAAAAAAUAAAUAAAAAAAAAAGUGAUCGGCA